UCAGCUGUGUCCAAUCACAGCUGAUUGCAAGUAAACAGGGAAAUUCCGGUUAUUGGCAUUUCUCUCCUCAUGAGCUGACAGCUCGGCACUGAUGAUCAGUGUAGCCCCAGCAGUGCCACCUGCCAGUGUCCAUCAGUGCCAGCUCUCCGUGCUCAUCCAUGCCACCUGCCAGUGCCCAUCAGUGCCACAUCAAUGCCACAUAUCAGUGCCUACCAGUGCACAUCAAUGCCACAUAUCAGUGCCCAUCUGAGCUGCCUUUCAGUGUCACCCAUCAGUGCCAGUCAGUACCACCUAUCAAUGCCAGUCAACGCCACCUAUCAAUGCUGCCAAUCAGUGCCAGUCAGUGCCGCCUAUCAGUGUGCAUCAGUGCCGCCUAUCAG